CAUGAUGGACAAUGUCCACUGACAAGAACUAGUAAGUACUGUCAUUUUGUCCAACGCUUGGAGAGGACAUCAUCACAACGUGCAUACAAGCGUGCCAAGGGGGAACCACCUUUACGUGGCUUUGAGGAUGAGAAAUUUUCUUUCGUUGCUUUUAGACGAGGACAAAGACCAAGUGAACCCUGGCCCCUUGAUGGCAUGGAAUUUGAGACAUUGAAGGAACAACAUGCAAAAAGAAAUCCGGAAGAUCUUGAAAUUGACUAUGAGGACUUAAUCAAGUUACAGCAAGAGGCUGAUAAUAUUCCAUAUGAAGAAGUGGAUCCAGCUACCUAUGAUUCAGAUGUAAUGGAUACUGAUGCUGCUGACCAGAAUGACGAAGAUGAGGAGGAAGAAGAAACAGCCUCUGCUGAUCUUGGGGGUGGUUGGGGCAGGAUUAUUUUUUCACCUGUUCGACGGGGCAGGCAUGUCACAAUGGAUAUUUGUCGAUCAACCAAUCAAGAUGGCUCGGAGGGUUCGUUUGAGCGUGUGGUUGUCACUCAAAGUAAGAAUCCUACAUUACACCAUCAGGCCAAAAGAUCUCUUUGGGGUGACUUGUGGCCCUUUUGAGAUAACAUCUUUGAUGUAUCUUGCCCUUGUAAUACUAACGGAAAUGUAAACCACAAGUGUUACAUUCAUAUUUAACAGUCAUUUUGUAUAUGGUUCUAGACGACGAGGUUAGAUUAGAUGGAUGCAUACAAUAUAAAAAAUGUUCAACGUGCAAAAAUGAGUGAAUUCUAUUAAUUUGGUAAGCUACAGAAGUCAGGUUUGUUUUAUCCAUUUCUCAAAAUAUUUUUGCUUUUGGUUUCAA